AUGUUUGACGACGAUGCAGAUGCGUCCUUUGACGUCUUCACUGCACAGCCAAACGCACCCACGAAACAACGCUCCAACAAUCGUGGCGAGAAGCGUGCUAGCCAGGGCGCGUCUACCUCUGCCAUCGAGCCAACGACAGAGACCUCCAAGAAACGUCCGAGACUCGAUGCAAGCGUACAUACACGAGCGGAAGAAGUCAAAGUGACCGAUGCCUUUGAUCAGGAAGCAGCACGCAAUGUUGCGCCUGUUGGCGGUGAUGCAGCGUCAGGGGAUGCACCGCUCGUCUUGAAGCAUCAAGUCAGGCAUCAAGUUGCCUUGCCGCCGGAUUAUCCCUACAUCCCCAUCUCACAGCAUCAAAAGCCAGAACACCCGGCAAAGGAGUAUCCCUUCACGCUUGACCCGUUCCAAGCAACCGCCAUUGCGAGUAUUCAACGCAAUGAAUCAGUCCUCGUGAGUGCGCAUACGUCUGCUGGAAAGACAGUGGUGGCAGAGUAUGCCAUUGCGCAAUCACUCAUGAACAAGCAGCGUGUCAUCUAUACCUCACCCAUCAAAGCCCUCUCCAAUCAAAAAUACAGGGAGUUGCUUGAAGAGUUUGGCGAUGUGGGUUUGAUGACGGGCGAUGUCACCAUCAAUCCAACAGCAUCGUGUCUCGUCAUGACAACCGAAAUUCUCCGGUCCAUGCUCUAUCGCGGUUCAGAAAUCAUGCGCGAAGUGGCGUGGGUCAUUUUCGAUGAAAUCCACUACAUGAGAGACAAAGAGCGGGGUGUUGUGUGGGAGGAGACCAUCAUUCUACUGCCAGACAAGGUACACUAUGUCUUCCUCUCCGCCACCAUACCCAAUGCCAUGCAAUUCGCGGAAUGGAUCGUCAAGACGCACUCUCAACCGUGCCAUGUCGUUUACACAGAUUUCAGGCCCACACCCUUGCAACACUACCUCUUCCCAGCCGGUGGCGACGGUAUCCACCUCGUCGUUGAUGAAAAAUCACACUUUCGCGAAGACAACUUUCAAAAAGCCAUGGGCGCAUUGGUGGAAGGUAUGGGAGAUGACCCCGCAGCCAUGCCAGCCAACAAGAAGAAUGCGAAGAAGGGCAAAACAGGCAAAGGCGGCGUCAAGGGACCUAGCGAUAUCUACAAGAUUGUCAAGAUGAUCAUGGUCAAAAACUACAACCCCGUCAUUGUCUUUUCCUUUAGCAAGCGGGAGUGUGAGUCGCUCGCCUUGCAGAUGAGUAAGCUCGACAUGUCUGACGACACGGAACGCGAUGCCAUUUCGAAAAUCUUUACCAAUGCCAUGAACUCACUCGGUGAGGCGGAUCGCAAGUUGCCACAAAUUGAGCAUAUCCUGCCGCUCCUUCGACGAGGUAUUGGCAUUCACCACUCGGGUCUCUUGCCAAUCCUCAAAGAAGUCAUUGAGAUUUUGUUCCAGGAAGGCUUCAUCAAGGUCCUCUUUGCAACGGAAACCUUCUCCAUUGGUCUCAACAUGCCUGCCAAAACGGUCGUCUUUACCGAUGUCCGCAAAUUCGAUGGCAAGAGUUUCCGUUGGGUCAGUUCAGGAGAGUACAUCCAGAUGUCUGGUCGUGCAGGUCGUCGCGGACUGGAUGAUCGAGGUAUUGUGAUUCUCAUGAUUGAUGAAAAGAUGGAACCACCCGUUGCAAAGAAUAUGCUGAAAGGUGCAGCAGAUCGUCUCGAUUCUGCCUUUCACCUCUCAUACAAUAUGAUCCUCAAUCUCAUGCGCGUGGAAGGCAUCAGCCCAGAGUUUAUGCUCGAGCGCUGCUUCUUCCAAUUCCAAAGCAACAGCUCCGUUCCCGAGAUGGAGCGUGACAUUGUCAAGCUCAAUGCAGAGAUUUCCGACUUGCAAAUUGAAGAUGAGCAGACGAUUGCAGAGUACUAUGAACUGAAGAGCAAGCUCGGCGGAUACGCAGAAGAUAUGAGGCUCGUUAUGAAUCACCCAUCCAAUGCACUACCCUUCUUGCAACCCGGUAGACUCAUCAAAAUCAAGCAUGCCGGGCACGAUUUCGGCUGGGGUUGUGUCGUCAACUUUCAAAAACGCACCAAUCCCAAGGGCGUCUCGGCGCCGUUCUCACCAGAAGAGAGUUAUCUGGUGGACACCCUACUUUGGAUCACACAAGACUCAUCACGCUCACAAAAGAAGGGCGUUGAAGAUGAUAUUCGGCCUGCAAUCGGCGAUGCACCCGGAAAGAUGGACGUUGUGCCUGUUGCCUUGAGUGCAAUUCACGGCAUUGCGCACAUUCGCAUCCACCUACCAAAAGACUUGCGCAGCGCAGAUCAGCGGCGUACCGUCCACAAGUCCAUUGCUGAAGUACAACGACGAUUUCCUGAUGGCAUUGCGCUGCUUGAUCCGAUUGAGAAUAUGAAGAUUGCCGAUGAUGCCUUCAAGAAGCUCAUUCGAAAGACGGAAGUCCUCGAGGCAAAACUCUUUUCAAAUGCACUGCAUCACUCACCCAGGCUCACCUCACUCUAUGAUCAGUACGCUCAUAAAGUGGCCCUCCAGACUCAAGUCUCUACGCUGCAGCGCAAUAUUGCAGCAGCGCACUCUGUCAUGCAGCUCGAUGAGCUCAAGUGUCGCAAGCGUGUCUUGCGUCGACUCGGCUUCACAACGCAAGAAGACGUCAUUCAAAUGAAGGGCCGCGUUGCUUGUGAGAUUUCAACAGGCGACGAACUCUUGCUCACUGAAAUGAUCUUCAAUGGUGUCUUUAACGACCUGACGCCCGAGCAAUGCGCGUCGCUUCUCUCUUGCUUUGUCUUUCAGGAAAAGAGUGAGGAAGUGCCCAAGCUUCGAGAUGAAUUGGCGGGACCCCUUCGCAUCAUGCAGGAAACGGCGCGCAAGAUUGCAAAAGUCUCACAAGAGAGUAAGCUUGCCAUUGUGGAAGACGAGUAUGUCCAGAGCUUCAAGCCGGCACUCAUGGAUGUUGUCUUUGCGUGGUCCCAGGGCAAGUCAUUUGCGCACAUCUGCAAAAUGACAGACGUGUAUGAGGGCUCUCUGAUUCGUGCUUUUAGGAGACUCGAGGAGCUGCUACGGCAGAUGGUCUCUGCCUACGAUGCCAUUGGCAAUGAAGAAAUGAGCAAAAAGAUGGAAGCUGCCAUCAAGACGCUGACACGAGACAUCAUCUUUGCAAACUCCCUGUACCUAUGA